UUGUGUCAUAACAUGUUUAAGUGAGAGCUCAUGAGCGAGAGAGAGAUUUCCUUUUUACGCUGAGGAGAGGAGAGGAAGGUUCGCAAGAGGCCACAAAAGAUCGAAAGGAGCGCAGACGACAAAAUCAUCGAACGUAACACAAAAUUCGUAAAACUCCCGAUCCGGCCGUCUCUGAUACUUGAACCCAAUCACAGUUUGUAUCUUUGGCUUAGAUAUUUGGAAAGAUGUCUGGCCAAAACCAGCGCUUGAAUGUAGUUCCCACCGUGACAGUGCUUGGGAUCAUUAAAGCUCGCCUUCUUGGUGCUACAAGAGGUCAUGCUUUGCUCAAGAAGAAGAGUGAUGCUUUAACUGUGCAGUUCCGUCAGAUUCUUAAAAGGAUUGUCUCCACAAAAGAAUUAAUGGGAGAGAUCAUGAAGACCUCUUCAUUUGCCCUAACCGAAGCCAAGUAUGUUGCUGGAGAGAACAUCAAGCACAUUGUCCUUGAGAACGUACAAAAUGCAUCUCUUAAGGUUCGAUCAAAGCAAGAAAAUAUUGCUGGUGUGAAGCUCCCCAAGUUUGAGUAUUUUACUGAAGGUGAGACUAAGAAUGAUCUUACUGGAUUGGCUAGAGGUGGACAACAAGUUCAGCUCUGUCGUGCGGCUUAUGUGAAAGCAAUCGAGGUCCUUGUUGAGCUUGCUUCACUUCAGACAUCAUUCCUGACACUUGAUGAGGCAAUCAAGACCACUAAUCGUAGGGUUAAUGCGCUAGAGAAUGUUGUGAAGCCGAAGUUGGAGAACACCAUAAUUUACAUUAAGGGGGAGUUGGAUGAGCUGGAAAGGGAGGAUUUCUUCAGGUUAAAGAAGAUACAGGGUUUUAAGAAGAGGGAAAUUGAGAGGCAGCUUGCAGCUGCGAAGCAGUUUGCUGAGGACCAGUUUGCAGAGAAGGUAUCUUUGCAGAAAGGGAUUUCGAUAAAUUCAGCCCACAACUUAUUAUCUGCAGCUGCAGAAAAGGAUGAGGAUAUCAUUUUCUGAUUUGAGGGUUGCUUUAUACGUUCUUCGUGGAAAAUUCCGAGUAUUAUUUAGAUGAGGAGUGUUAUAUUCUGAAUAAAAAAAAGUUUGAAGUAUGUUUCUUUUUCUUGUGUAUUGUUUCUGAAUAUAAUUUUUUUUACUUGUAGUUCUGAAAUAUUUAUUGCCUGGAGUUGAUGAUUUCUUCAAAACA